AUGGCUUCGAUUCUACGCUCCAGGGUUGGUGUGAGAGCUGCGCAGGUCCAGGGUGCCAGAUGCUUCAGCUCAACGCCCCGGUAUGCCGCUGCCGCUUUCUUCUCCAACGAGCCGGCUGGCCCUACGGUGAAGACCGCCAUUCCAGGACCAAAGAGCAAGGAGGCCAUCACACAGCUUGACCGUGUAUUCGAUACAAGGAGCUUGAACAUGCUGGUUGACUACGAAAAGUCCACCGGAAACUACAUUGCAGACCUGGAUGGAAACGUCUUGCUUGAUGUAUUUGCCCAAAUUGCCUCUAUCCCGGUGGGAUAUAACAAUCCAACCUUGCUUGCUGCCACAAAGACUACCGAAAUGGCCAGCGCCCUCAUCAACCGUCCCGCACUAGGCAACUUUCCCUCUCACAACUGGUCAAAUAUACUAGAGUCCGGUCUCUUGCGUGUUGCGCCCAAGGGCCUUGACCAGGUCUUCACCUCCACCACCGGCUCGGAUGCCAAUGAAACUGCCUACAAGGCUGCUUUCAUGUAUUAUGCUCAACGCAAGCGUGGUGGGCCAGACGUGGAGUUCUCCUCUGAAGAUAUCUCUUCCACCAUGGUCAACCAGUCUCCCGGCUCCCCCAACUACUCCAUCAUGUCAUUUACCUCCGCCUUCCACGGUCGCCUGUUCGGCUCUCUCUCCACCACCCGCAGCAAGCCGAUCCACAAGCUUGAUAUCCCGGCCUUUGACUGGCCUCGCGCCCCUUUCCCCAAGCUCAGAUACCCACUUGAUCAGUUCACCUCUGAAAAUGCAGCAGAGGAGAAGCGCUGUCUAGAAGAAGUCGAGAGGCUUAUCAAGGAGUUCCACAACCCUGUCGCCGCUUUGGUCGUUGAACCCGUUCAGUCAGAGGGAGGAGACAACCACGCCUCCCCAUCCUUCUUCCAGGGUCUCCGCGAGAUCACGAAGCGCAACAAUGUCAUCAUGAUCGUCGACGAGGUUCAGACCGGUGUUGGUGCAACCGGUAAAUUCUGGGCUCACGAACACUGGAACCUCUCCACUCCUCCCGACAUCGUCACUUUCUCCAAAAAGGCACAAGCUGCGGGAUACUACUUUGGCAACCCAGCUCUAAGACCCAACAAGCCAUACAGACAGUUCAACACUUGGAUGGGUGACCCUGCCCGCGCGCUCAUCUUCCGUGCCAUCAUCGAGGAGAUUGAGCGUUUGGACCUCGUCAAGCAUACCGCCCAGACAGGAGACUAUCUGUUCGCCGGUCUCGAGAGACUGAGCGAGAAGUACCCUGGACAGUUCCAGAACCUGCGUGGAAAGGGACAGGGUACCUUCAUCUCCUGGGACAGCCCCCAGCGUGACACAGUGCUGAAGCGUGGUAAGGAAGUUGGAAUCAACAUCGGCGGAUGCGGUGAGUCUGCUGUGAGAUUGAGACCUAUGCUCGUGUUCCAGGAGCAUCACGCCGAUAUCCUGCUCGAGUCGUUGGAGAAGAUUGUCAAGUCAUAG